AUGAUUGAUAAUUAUAAGCAUUGGCACGAAAAUUUGCCAUUUGCCCUCCUCAGCUAUCGCACCAUGAUUAGGACUUCGACUGGGGCAACACCUUAUCUUUUGGUUUAUGGAACAGAAGCAGUAUUACCAAUGGAAGUUGAGAUACCAUCCUUGAGGAUAAUCCAAGAAGCUGAGUUGAGUGAUGCCAAAUGGAUACAAAGUCGAUAUGAACAGUUGAUGCUUAUUGAUGAAAAUAUAAUGAAUGCAGUUUGUCACGGACAACUUUAUCAACAUAGGAUGGCCAAAUCUUUCAAUAAGAAGGUGAGACUUAGACAGUUUAAACCGGGACAAUUGGUGUUAAAACGGAUAUUCCCGCACCAAGAAGAAGCUAAGGGGAAGUUUGCGCCUAAUUGGCAUGGGCCUUAUGUGGUUUACAAAGUGUUGACUAGGGGAGCAUUGAUUCUAGAAGAAAUGGACAGAAAGAUAUGGCCGAAAGCCAUCAAUUCAGAUGCGAUUAAGAAAUACUAUGUCUAG